GUUGGUAUCUUUAGCAGAUGAGAGAGAGAUAGAGAGAGAGAGAGACGCAUGGGGAUUGAGGAUAACACAAAUGGGUGGCACUACUAGCCUUUGUGGAAACAGAGAAGAGGCAAGAAUAGGAUCAGUCAGCAGACGGUGAGCUGAAUCAUUCAGUGUUUAGUACUGUUCCGAAAUAAAAUAAAUUUUUAAAAUUUUAAAACAGUACCUAAAAAGAAAAGAAGAAAAAAAAAACUAGUGAGCGUUUUUGGUUGGGCAUUCGUCAGCUCUUCCAUGCUGAUUUCCUCGCAGUGAGCGAACAGUGAUUGAUGAAGAUGAAACUUGAAGUUCUUGGCUUCUCUUUGCCUGGCAUCGACAAUGGUCGUCCUGCUGCAGCGAUUCCCGCCUUCCUCUUCAACCAUCAUCUCUCUUCCGAGUCUCAACCUCAAACGUAAACACAACUGCAAGCCAACCCACCUCACCUUUCCCCUCAGAACCCCCCUAAAACCCCAAUGCUUCAAAUCCUCCAGGGUCACCAGAAAAACCCCCUCUGCCGCUUCCCCAAUCCCUCCCCUUCUAUCCCUCCAACCCUUUCUACAAUCCCAGUGGAAGCCCAUUCUCAAAGGCUGGACCUGCGGCGUUAUCUCCGUCUACUCUCUCUCCAAGCUUGUCCCCAGAGUCGGACAGUUCUCGACGAUCCUUAACCGCGUCGACGAUGUGGUUCUCUUGCGGGAGCAGGGUCUUGUGUUGGGGGUCUUGUUCUUGGCUCGAUUGCUUGCGAAUUAUUGGCAGCAGGCGUUUCUGUGGGACGCCGCUUUGAAUUUGGUGUACGAGAUCAGGCUUUAUGUUUUCCGAAGGGUCAUGCAGAGGGACUUGGCGUUUUUUGAAGGCGGUGGGGGCGUUUCGGCAGGUGACAUUGCCUAUCGGAUAACGGCAGAGGCAUCGGAUGUUGCCAAUGCUGUUUAUUCUCUUCUUAAUGCCAUCGUACCCUGUACUCUGCAUUUAAUAGCAAUGGCAACUCAGAUGUUGGUUAUUAGCCCUAUUCUUUCACUGAUUUCAGCCUUGGUUAUUCCAUGUAUGGCUCUUGUCAUUUCCUAUCUUGGUGAAAGGCUUCGUAAGAUAUCUAGGAAGGCACAACUCAGGGUUGCUAGUCUUUCAGCCUACCUAAAUGAGGUCUUCCCAUCAAUUCUUUUUGUAAAGGCUAACAAUACAGAGCUGCAUGAGAGUGCCCGGUUUCAACGACUUGUGAAUGCUGAUCUAUUUGAACAUUUGAAAAAGAAAAGAAUAAAAUUGCUGAUUCCUCAGAUUGUGCGAAUUGUCUAUUUUGGAGCGUUGUCUACAUUCUGUGUUUGUUCUCUGGUGAUUUCAAGGGGUUCCAUUGAUGCUUGUAGCAUCAUUUCUUUUGUUACCUCGUUGGUUCUCUUAAUUGAGCCAAUUCAGGGUUUGGAAAAGGCAUAUAAUGACUGGAAGCAAGUGGAACCAGCUGUUGAGCGCUUAUUUGAUUUAACUAGGUUCAAGUCUCAGGUAAUUGAGAAAUCAGAUGCGGUUGAUUUAGACUCCGUUACAGGAGAAUUGAAAUUUUGCAAUAUCUCAUUUAAAUAUGGGGACAAUAUGCCUCUUGUAUUGAAUGGAUUGGAUCUCCACAUAAGAGCUGGAGAGACAGUUGCUUUUGUUGGGCCCUCUGGAGGAGGAAAGACAACCCUUGUAAAACUGCUUCUUCGGCUUUAUGAUCCUUUAUCCGGUUGUAUACUUGUUGAUAACCAUAAUAUUCAAAGCAUCCAGUUGGAAAGCUUAAGGAGACAUAUUGGGCUGGUCUCUCAGGAUAUCAUACUAUUUUCAGGAACUGUUGCUGAAAACAUUGGGUAUAGGGAUCUGAUGAGUGAAAUUGACAUGGAGAGGGUCGAGCUUGCAGCACGUAUUGCAAAUGUGGAUGAAUUCAUUAGAUCACUUCCAGAAGGGUACAAGACAAAUAUUGGACCAAGGGGCUCAAUUUUAAGUGGAGGCCAGAAGCAAAGACUAGCUAUUGCAAGGGCACUUUAUCAAAAUUCCUCUGUACUGAUCUUGGAUGAAGCAACCUCUGCUCUAGAUAGCAGGUCGGAGCUGUUGGUGAGACGAGCUGUGGAACGUGUAAUGAAAAAUCAUACUGUGCUGGUUAUUGCUCACCGGUUGGAAACAGUGCUAAUGGCUAACCGAGUUUUCCUUCUAGAGGAUGGGAAGCUGGAGGAGCUAGCCCGCUCAUCUCUGUUGAGGGGGCUCCAUGGUUCACCGGUAUCAACUGGAACUGUAAUAUGAGGGCAUCAUAGGACUUGAUGGUGCCUACCCGUGGGACAUGCAGGUGGGCGUUCAUGUACAUUCCCCCAUUUCUUUCAUGUUAAAGUAAUUUUUCUUUGACUAUUACUUUGGUUCAUCUCUACCAAAAAUUCUAAAAGAGUUCAUGUCUAGAUCCCAAAGUGUUGUAUAUAUAUAUAUAUAUAUAUAUAUAAUGGUCCUCUCUCUCUCUCUCUCUCUCUCUCCACAUGAAUUUGGAGAUCGCUUCAAUCUUAAACCCCUUUUUGUGAGUGUAAUAUUAUGGGGCACAAAAUGUCCCCUGAUUAUAUUUUUCAGUUAAUGAAUUCAUUUACUCAUAAGGCCA